CAAGCACAGACUUAAGGCUCCUCACUUGGGAGCAUGUGACCGUGAACGAAACCCAGGGUCAACAACACACCUGACACAAAGGGGGUCAACAGCGCACGAGACGCGGAAGUCGCAGCUACAGUAGCAGGUGUGUGCAGGUGAAGAAGAUCUAGCCUUGAGGGUGGAGAGUUUGGUGUUCUAGUUUUAAGUAUUUUAUCUCGCCCCCGUGUGCUGGCAAUUUCAUUCUUCGACUGAGUACGCCGGCUGUCUAGUCCUGCCGACGCUCACCUGUUAACGCUUAGAGCAAGGACACGAUGCACCUCUUCAUACAGAUAACAAUAGUGGUGGCGGUAGUCACACUGGACUCGCCUGUCCAGUCAUGUGACCCCAAGCCAAUGAUCAGACGCCACGAGGGGACCAGGAAAUGCAUGUACAAGGACACACGGGGGAUCAAGACAAUCGGGAUAGGUUUUAACCUCCAGAAUCAGGGUGCGCAGCAGGCCUUAGCGUCCGUCGGAGCAGAUUUUAACAAGAUUUUCAACGGUGCUUCAACGCCCGUAGAUCAGACAUGCGACUGCAGCAAAGUCGUCUGCCUGAAUGACACCCAGAUUGAGGGUCUUUUUAAUUAUUCAGUCAAACAGGCACUAAUGGACGCCUCCAGUCUGAUGUCUAACUUCCCAAGCUUGUGCUGUCCUGUCCAGAACGCAGUGGUUGACAUGGCGUACAAUUUGGGCGGGACGAAACUAGCCACUUUCACGGUUUUCCUCGGGUACUUCCGGGUCAACAACUGGCAGGGCGCCGCGGACGACUUAAUGCUGACCAAGUACUGCCAGGACUACGACACGGCCUCUAGGUGCUUGGAGUUGUCAGGACACAUCCGUCUGGGCUGCCCGUGUUUCGGCAGCUACCCCAGCCAGUGCCAGAUUUCCAGUGCCUGCUGUGGCCUGAACACCAAAUGCUGCUCCUACACGAUGCCGUUUCUCGGCUACGUCAAGAAGAACCUGACCGAGAGUUGGUGCUGCCCCCUAGCGGACGGCGCGUGCUGUGCCCCGGAUCAGCACUGCUGUCCCAAGGAUUUCCCAGUCUGUUGUGGCGCCCCGGACCAGCACUGCUGCAAGCUGGACUUUCCCAUCUGUUGUCCUGACAACCGGUGUUGCCCCACCAACUACCCUGUGUGUGGCAGUGGGGGAUACUGUAAGGCGCGGGACGGGAGCGGCCAGGUCCUGGGACUGCUUAGAGCGCCCUCUAAAGUCGGUCUACAGAAGCAGACCGAGAAGAAAAAGUUUAACUUCAUUGAGACCAACGAAGUGAAAUAGAAACGGACAGAGAUGAUACUCGCAUUAUGUGUAUAUAUAUAUUGUUAAAAAGAACUGCUUUUUGUUUAUUCUGAAAACAAAUAUACUCUUUUCAAGUCUAGGGCACAAAUUGAAUGUGCUGGUCACAAUUGCAUCGUUUAUAUCAUAUAUGCCCGCGGUGUUCAUUAAAAUUUGGAUUUAAAAAAUAGAAAUUGUCCGGCGAAAUCAAAUUACCACGGGGUUAUAUUUUUUAAAAUGUAGAGUAGCCUACAAAAUCUAGUGUAAAGUGAGCUUUACAAAACUGUUCGAGGUCAUGAUUUAAACGUUGGACGUUAGCGUUAUAAAGAAAUUAACGACAGAAGCGAAAAAAAAAAAAAAAAA